AUGGCAGAAGAGAUGGUGGUGCGCGGCCCUGCAGAUGAACUUGGUUUUGAGGGUCUUGAUAAGUUUACCGACAAGUAUUGGGACAAAACCUACGACCAUCUACCAGCAAUUCCGAGGACAGCGAAGCAGAAGCGCAAGCUAGAAGAACAACAACGGCGAUAUUUGGAGAAAACGCACGGUCAAGCACCACAAGACGGGCCGUACCCGCCUCGAAAUCAUCCUUCACGACACCCUGACAAGGGGUACACUUCGUCUCGUUCUGUUGCACCGGAAAGCGUAAACAGCUACAAGUCGGACGCAGAAAUGUACGCUCCAGAUAGCAGGCAAGACCGUCAUGGGCGAGAGGACCGAUACUACGAGACCGAGCAGAACGGUUACAGAGCGCCAGGACCAGGGUUCAAAGUCCCACAAGGUCGCGACGGACCGAGUGAUACACGCGGCAUGCAGGUAGCACCAUAUCAGGAACAACCCCAGCCUGAUUACGGUCCACAAAGCGCAUAUGGAGGUGCCCGUGGGCGACUAGGACAACAGCGGAGAGGCUCAUCGUGGUCUCCCCCACGCUCCCAGCGACAGGGCCGAUCAAAAUCACGACGUCGUCGGUCAAACUCACGCUCGCGUUCCCGUUCGAACGACAUGAAGAGCCGGCUGAUUGCAACCGUCGGCGGCGCGUUAGUGGGCGGCAUAGCCGGCAAUCGAGCAACUAAAGGGAAAAAGUACGAUACCGUUGGGACCAUUGUCGGAGCCAUCAUAGGCGGCGUUGGUGCCAAAGAGGCCGCGGGCCAUUGGGAUGACCGAAAAAGGAAGAAAGAACAGCAGAGAAACGGGGACCAUGAGGAAGACUCGGAUGACAGCAAGCGCAGAAGCGAUCGCAGGAGAGACGACAGAUAUGACCGUGACGAUAGAUACGACCGCGAUGACAGAUACGACCGAGAUGAUCGAAGGAGAUACUAG